GUACGCUUAAAAACCGAGACCGGCUUCCGUUCUGCCUUUCUUUCAGUUGUCUGUCGCGUGCAAACAGAGCCGUCAAAAUGAGCAAGAUUUCCAGGGACAUGCUGUAUGAGGUGGUGAAGGAGGUGCAGGCGGGAGCGCUGGCCAAGCCUCGCAAGUUUACAGAGUCGGUUGAGCUCCAGAUCAGCUUGAAGAACUACGAUCCCCAGAAGGACAAGCGUUUCUCUGGCACCGUCAGACUGAAGACCACCCCCAGGCCCAAGUUCUCUGUGUGCGUCCUCGGAGACCAGCAGCACUGUGACGAGGCCAAGGCUGCCGACAUGCCCCACAUGGACAUCGAGGCCCUCAAGAAGCUCAACAAGAACAAGAAAAUGGUCAAGAAGCUUGCCAAGAAGUAUGAUGCCUUUCUGGCUUCAGAGUCUCUGAUCAAGCAGAUCCCUCGUAUCCUGGGCCCUGGACUCAACAAGGCGGGCAAGUUCCCCUCCCUGCUCACCCACAACGAGAACCUCAACACCAAGGUGGACGAGGUCAAGUCCACCAUCAAGUUCCAGAUGAAGAAGGUCCUGUGUCUGGCGGUGGCUGUGGGCCACGUCAAGAUGACCGAGGAGGAGCUGGUCUACAACAUCCACCUGGCUGUCAACUUCCUGGUGUCUCUGCUCAAGAAGAACUGGCAGAACGUACGCGCUCUCUACGUGAAGAGCACCAUGGGCAAGCCUCAGCGCCUGUACUAGUGGUCUGCUUUUAUCCACAACAAAAUAAAAAAACUGGAAAAUGAA